AAGUGUGAGGCUCUCAAGCGACUCCUCGCUCUCAUCGCUCAAAGCUUCGACGACUCUAAUUACUUCCCUCAGGUUGUUUAAAACAUGGCAUCUCAAUCUUUGGAAGUAAAGAAACUUGUUUAUUUGUAUCUACUGCAUUAUGCUGAAAAGCGUCCCAACGAAGCAUUGUUGUCAAUUAAUUGUUUCCAGAAGGAUUUGGGGGACCCUAAUCCCUUGGUGAGAGCAUGGGCACUUCGCACCAUGGCUGGAAUUCGUCUUCAUGUUAUUGCACCUCUUGUUCUGGUGGCUAUGGGCAAGUGUGCUAGAGAUCCAUCUGUUUAUGUUAGAAAAUGUGCAGCUGUGCUCUUCCAAAAGUACAUGAUUUGCGCCUAGAGGAACAUACCUCGGCAAUUGAAGAGGUUCACUUGAUAGAUUUAUUUCUUCAUGGUUAUUUUUGCUUUCGUGUUAUCCACCAUUUAUUAUGACCUUACUUUGCUACGACUCGAUUUCCAUUGUUAAGAUCAGUUGAAAACUGCUUCCUUAAAAGGUUUGGUAUUUUUGGACAGAAGGUUUUAGACUAGUUUGGCAUGCAAUAUGCAAAGAUAAUAUCUUUUCAUCUUUUGUGCCUGCAUUUUUCAGGAAUUUUUUUGUACCUAAAUAAACAUUCAUAGAUUUUUGCUUCUUUA